UCAACCAGGAAUUAGUAUAGUUCACAACGGAACCACACUGUAGCAUGUAGCUAUUCAGUAAUGCUCGCAACAUUCGGUCUAAAUUAUCUAUGGACUUAUAAUUGUUGGAAAUAAUCAACAUUCAAAUAACCAUUGAAGAUGGUUGAAGAAACAGCAUAAUCUACUAUACAUUGUGAUUUCCAAGUUCGACAGACCUCACUGCUGUAAGUUUUCAAAAGUGAAAGUAAACCUCAAUUCCAGAAGCCAUCACAGAAGAGAGACGGUGGUGGUGAGAUAAUGGCAUCUAAACCUUCCCUCCCAGAGGAGGAUCUCUGCUGUACUGUGUGCUGUGACAUCUUCAGGGAUCCCGUUUUCCUGUCAUGUACCCACAGCGUCUGCAAAGCCUGUCUGAAGGAAUUCUGGAAACAGAAGGGAUCUCGAGAAUGUCCAAUUUGCCGGAAAAGAUUGUCAAUGGAUAACCCCCCAUGUAACCUAGCUUUAAAGAACCUGUGUGAUGCCUACUUACACGAGAAAGGUCAGAGAUAUUCAGCAGGGCCAGAUGUGCAUUGCAGUCUGCACAGUGAGAAACUCAAACUGUUCUGUCUGGAUGAUAAGCAGUCAAUUUGUGUAGUGUGCCGGGAUUCAAAGAACCAUAAAAAGCAUGACUGCAUCCCCAUAGAUGAAGCUGCACUGGAUCAUAAGGAGGAAGUUAAGUUGGCACUGAAGCCCCUAAAAUAUAUGCUGGAGGUCUUAAAUGAAGUUAAACUGACCUGUGAUCAAACAGCAGAGCACAUUAAGACACAGGCCCAGCACACAGAGAAGCAGAUUAAGGAGGAGUUUGGGAAGCUUCACCAGUUUCUACAGGAUGAAGAUGAAGCCAGGAUUGCUGCACUGAGGAAGGAAGAGAAGCAAAAGAGUCAGACAAUGACAAAAAAGAUUGAAGAGAUGAGCAGGGAGAUAUCAUCACUUUCGGACACAAUCAGAGCCAUAGAGAAAGAGCUGGGAGCCGACGAUAUCUCAUUCCUGCAGAACUUCAAGGCCACAGUCAAAAAAGCAAAGUGCACCCUGUCAAAUCCGGAGAAGGUUUCAGGAUCACUGAUCCACGUGGCAAAGUACCUAGGCAACCUGCAGUUCAGAGUCUGGGAGAAGAUGCAGGAAAUAGUUCAAUACACUCCUGUGAUUCUGGACCCCAACACUGCCCAUCCGCAUCUCAUCCUGUCCGAGGAUCUGAUGAGUGUGACAUACACCAAAGACGCACGGCAGCUUCCUGAUAACCCAGAGAGGUAUGAUGACCUCUUUGUGGUCCUGGGCUCUAAGGGCUUCAACUCGGGGACACAUAGUUGGGACAUUGAGGUUGGAGGAAAUAAAGCCUGGGCUCUGGGUGUAGCUUUAGAGUCUGUCCAGAGGAAGCAAACGAUUGGCUUUAGACAUGGGUCCUCUGGUGUGCAGUGUAAAGAUGGGGAAUAUACUACCCAUUCCUUAUCGGACGAAUGUACUCCAUCCACUCCCCUCAAAGUGAGAAAGCCCCAGAGAAUCAGAAUGCAGCUGAACUGGAAAAAGGGAGAGCUUUCAGUUGUUGACCCAGUUGAUAACACAGAACUUCAUAGAUUCACACAUCCUUUCAAAGAGAGAGUUUUUCCAUACAUGUCUACUUUACGUUUUAAUCCUCUGAGGAUCUUGCCAGGGAAGGUCUCUAUAUCAAUUGGUUCCGCCUCUGUCUAAACCAGGUGUUAACAUGCUGUAAAUGAGUCAGUAAAAUAUCAUCUUAUUCGGUAAUGGACAGCACUUAUAGCUACUUAAGUCUUUGUGAAUACAGACCUUGAUAUUAUAGUUUUUUCUACAUGAGUGUGUUUUUUUUAAAGGUGGGGGACAUGGGUUGAUGGUAGGCCUGUCAAAUCAUUGAAUUUUAAAGGGAAAGCAUCAAGUAUCAUUAUCCCAUGGGGAAAUGUGGGACUUAAGAAUGCUAUAGCAUCCAGAGACCCAAUAGCUGAAGAAAUACGAACAACAUCAUGAUUUACCUCCGGUAAGGGUGGGGUCCUGCUAGUGUAUAUAUGUUGCAUUACUUUUGCCGUUAUCGGUGGGGAUUUACAUUAGCUGUGUGUUAUAGGACAUACAUUGUAGAUUUGACAUCAUGACAUUGUGACAGUGUGAGGCAUUGUUCAAGCCUAAUUGACCUAUUCACAGUAAUACCUAUGUUAUGCUGGUAUUAAUAUUACCUUUAAUAGUUUUUUAUUCAUUAUUUACUUCUUAUAUAUAUAACAAAUCUGUCCAUACUUUGUUUAGCACCUGAUGUUUGUGUCCCAAUAAACAGUGACUUCCUAAAGAAUUU